CACCAGGACUUUGUUUUGUACACAGCGGGCAAACGAAAGCUGUUUUUAAGUAUGGCUCUGACAUGGACGCUUUUCCUCCUUGGGAUAUUCCCCCUCGUCAAAGGAUAUUGCUUCACUCGAUACGGGCGAGUUGACGAGACAGUGUCCGGUCGACAGAUUCCUGUGUGCGAGUAUAAUGGAUUAGAUAUCCUGGAUGGGUCGUCGUUCAGGACAGCUGCCUGUAUGGACUGCAAGUGUACCAACGGCCUGAUAGAGUGUUGUGGGUUCGGGGUUCAGAACGAGACUACGUACGCUCCGCCCUCCUGUACCGUGAUUUCGGACGGAUGCGAACCACUGUUGGUUUUGAAAAGUAACCAGACCCUGGCCUGCUACACUGGACGACCAAUCAAGGAAGGUCCACGUCCGACCGGGAACCCUGGUACCAACACACAGUUUCCGGGCUUCAAUUUUCCAUUUCCAAACUUCUUCCCACAAGGAUUCUAUCAGAGAAGCCAGCCCCAGCAGGACAAUUCUCUCAGCAACCUGCUACUUUUAAGAAGUCUUGCUGAAGGCAUUUGAUGCAGACGUAGUCGUUAUACCGGUCUACCUCUAGGGGUGAUAACAGAGGCUCUGAACACGCUUCUAUAUUGUGUCUAUUUCCUGUAUAUUGUUUAUUUAAUCUACGUGUGCUGUUUAAUCAAACUACAUUAAUUGUGUUAUCCUAUUAAAAUUUAAAUCUA